AUGGGAAACACCCCAACCCUCUUCUGUCUGGGGGACUUUCCAGGCUCCUCUCCAUUACAGCUGCAUCCCUCAGAGUGGGAGGGUAUUGCAGUGGUACCUGGGGUCCCCAGAAACCACUUGGGAAUCUCAUCUUCAUUUUUCAGAGAGCAGUCCUUUCUCUGCGCAGCUGGAGACACUGGUGAGCAGGGCUGGGUCCAGGUUCCUAAGGGUCAGUGUCGGUGGAGCUCCCCGGUGAUUCCGGUUUGGAUUGAGCAAAACUACACAGACGGUGCAUAUGGACCAUCCGGAGCUCCAACCCCCACCCCACCCUCUUCAUCUCAGCGUGUUAAGUGCAAUGACCUAUUUAAGGUAAACCCAUUCCACCUCCACCAAUUUGGGGCUUAUCCAAGCACUGCCUGCCUCCCCCUCUGUCAAAGUUGCCUGGUCCAUAAGCUCAACUUGAGAGGGAAGGCGUUGGGUUGAGGGCUUUUGAUUAAAAAUACUGAAGAUGGAAGUUUUGGUCAGUGCUGAUGUGUAUUAGAUACAAGUCCUCACCCUGUGUCCUGAGCCUGUGUCGUUUUUCUUUUUCCAACCUCCCUGCCCCCACACAUCGGACACAACAUGUGGUCUGAAGGUCCCAACCCCCACCCCAGAAGGUUAUCCUGACAACUCCACCAGACUUGGGGGCCCAAGGGCAGUGCCUGGUGCUGCUCCCUUCUGCUGUCCCCUCUUCUCUCCUGCAAUUGGUUUGUACUCAUUGGGCUGUGAUCUCUCUUCCCUAUUGACCUGAUAUAUGGAAAUAAAGGCCCUGUUUCUCCUGGCUAA